GUCACGAUGACAGCCAUUGCCCCGGAAUCACUUGUCAUCGCCAUUCAAUUCCUCGUUCAGCGGACUUUCGUGUUGUUUUCUCUGUAGAAAAUGAGUGAAUUCAAAAUAUCGGCUCGCGCCUACUCGAAGAUCAUUCUUCACGCCGCCAAGUAUCCGCACUGUGCAGUGAAUGGGGUCCUUUUAGCCGACAAAGAGUCAGCGGGGCGGAGUAAAAAUGUGCACAUUGUGGACGUCAUUCCGCUUUUCCACCAAUGUUUAUAUGUCACGCCGAUGGCGGAGAUCGCGCUAAUGCAGAUCGAUGCAAUGGCGCAAGAAAACGACCUGGCCAUCGCCGGAUACUAUGCCGCGCCCGAGAACUUUUAUCACUGCACCAUCGACAAGACACCUGGCAUUCGAAUCGCAGAUAAAAUCGCUGAAAAUUGCUCUAACGCGUGUCUGCUCUUGGUCGACAACAAAUACGUUUGUGCGAACACGGACAGACCCGCCCUGAAAGCGUGGCACAGCGUGGAGAGCCGCUGGGUGAAGGCAGGAUUCACCCUUGAGCAGAGUGACUCGACGCUGGACGCUGUGUCGGCCCUGCUGCAGCGGGGCGCCAUGAAGGACGUCGUGGAUUUCGACAAUCACCUGGAUAACCCCGAGAACGACUGGACCAAUGAGUUUCUGAACAGGGACCUGAAGCAGAUCAUGGCUAUGUAUUGAGGGCGGCGAGGCACGGGAUCAUUGCAUUUUUUGUUCUUCGGAAAAGAUUUUUGUUGUGUUAUUUAUAUACAUUAAGUGGUAAAUAUAAAACGAAAUGGGAACCUAUAAGACAA